ACAGGUUGCAAAAUAAAAGCACUAAGGGCCAAGACAAAUACUUACAUUAAGACCCCUGUUCGGGGAGAAGAACCAGUCUUUGUUGUCACUGGGCGAAAGGAGGAUGUAGCCAUGGCUAAAAUGGAAAUUCUCUCAGCUGCUGAACACUUCUCCAUGAUCAGAGCAUCACACAACAAGAGUGGUCCUGCUCUGGGAGGCCUGCCAUGUACCCCUGAUCUGCCAGGUCAGAUGACAGUCCAAGUCAGGGUGCCUCACCGUGUAGUUGGGCUGGUGGUUGGACCAAAAGGAGCUACAAUCAAAAGAAUUCAGCAGCAGACCCAUACCUACAUAGUCACCCCCAGCAGGGACAAGGAGCCAGUCUUCGAAGUCACAGGAAUGCCUGAAAAUGUCAACUGUGCACGUGAGGAGAUAGAGAUGCAUAUAGCCAUGCGUACUGGGAACUACAUCAAGCUGAAUAAAGAGAAUGAUUUCCACUACAAUGGUACAGAUGUGAGUUUUGAAGGAGGCACUCUCAGGUCUGCAUGGCUUGCUUCUAAUCCUGUCCCUCUUAGUUGCACCAGAAUGAUUUCUAAUUAUAGGAAUGACAGCUCCAGCUCCUUGGGAAGUAGUUCCACAGAUUCCUGUUUUGGAAGCAGUAGAUUGGCUGAUUUCAGCCCAACAAGUCCAUUCAGCAAAAGCAACUUUUGGUUUGGAGAAACAUUGCCUUCAGUGGGCAUGGAAGACCUCGCGGUUGACUCUCCUGUGUAUGACUCCUUAUCAAUGCCUUCCCAAACCAUUUGGACUCCUGGCUUUGGUAGUGACCCUGCUAUUAAUACUAAGCCUCAGUGCCGAGGGAGACAGCCAUCUACUCCUUGCCUGUCACCCACAUUUCCAGAAAGCCUGGAUCAUCCACUGGCUGGGAGAGCGAAUAAUGACCCACCUAGCACUGGCCACCAAGUAGGCCUUCCUAUCUACAUCCCUGCAUUCUCCAAUGGCACCAACAGCUAUUCAUCUUCCAAUGGUGGCUCCACAUCCAGCUCACCCCCUGAGUCAAGACAGAAGCUCAACUGCGUGAUGUGCUUCGAGAACCAAGUUGUUGCGGCUCUGGUCCCCUGUGGUCACAAUCUCUUCUGCCUGGAGUGUGCCAACAAAAUCUGUGAAAAGGAAGUCCCAUUGUGUCCUGUUUGCCAGGCAGCUGUUACUCAGGCAAUUCAAAUUCACUCUGAAAUAGAGAUAUUAUAGGGAUAUUAUUAUAUGUGGACUUUUAAAGACUUGAAGUCAUAGAUGUAAUGGUACCCUCUAGUAAACUUUCAAAUGAAUUCUGACUGUUUGACUUCCUUGGGAUUAGACUGAAGUUAUUAAUAAAUUUUUACUUCCUCAAAAGGCUGCUACGGUAACACUAAACUUAAGGGGUACAGUCUGGUACAGUGUAAGCAGAUGGCAUGUUUAGCAGAGAUACAUCUGGUAUAAUGUUAUGGCACAGUGAGGGCAAGUUUUCAUAAAUUACACAACUGAAAAAAACCCUAAAAAUUUCCAGGCUUUUAUAAAGGAUCUCUGUUAAUUGUUUGGCUUCUGUGAGUUGGCAGCAAUGAACCUUGUUGCCUAAAUGCAAAAGUACUUGUCUGCUAUGGAGGAUGUGUAGUAUUAUCUAUAUAUCAAACAACACUUCAAUGCUAUCUUCUACCAGCUUUGAGGAAAUAUUUUUUUCUUUAUGUGACAACUUAUACCUAAUUCUUCAGCAUUGGAAAUAUCUUUUAAAGUAUAGUUUGAUUUACUGAAACGGAUUGUGUUAUUUGGCAGGUUCAGAUAAUAAAUGACAGGUGGGAAGAGAGAAACUGCCAGAUGCACCUCCAUUUUGUCCUUGAUAAGGGCAGUAUGUCCAGAGGAUCAGGAAUGUCUCAAUUUGUGAAUUCCUACCCACUGCUUUUGUUAGGGUAAUGUAGAAAAAGUCUGUCUGGCUUCAUCCAGUUACAGUAAGGGCUUUAGGAUGCACAUACUUUGACUAAGAGUGAUGAUGCUGACAUUCUGUUUAUUAGUCUGAUCAAGCUGUUCUUGACCUUUUUUAGAGAGCAUAUAGUUCAAAAUGUGAAGCAUUUUUAUGUUAAAUUCAUGUCUUACACAUAAAUAUAUAUUUUUAGUAAGAAAAAGGAAAAAGAGGGAGUUGUGUAAAUGUCCUUGUAUUAUUCAUGACAGCAGCUGUGACAGUGGCCCUGUAAUCAGUUUACUUCAUUUCAAAACUGUCUUUCCAAAAAAAAAAAAAAAGUCUCUUGAAUGAGCUUCUUACAUUUCAACCUGUGGAUGUUUCUAGCUUUUUCAUCCUCAGUACAUUACCAAAUCUGUGCUGACAUACAUUAAAACAGCAAAAACAAAAAAAAAGACACAAAAGUAGAGUUCUGAUGUAUUUUUUUCUCUUUUUUAAAGCAUUAUUUUCCCAAGACAAUCUUUUUCUCAGUGUAACAACAAAAAAGAAAUUAUGUAUUAAACUAGUAAAUAUGCAGAAAAUUUUAUUUUUAUUUCCACUUGAAGAGUUACAUUUCAUAUAAAAGUUUACAACUAGGAGUUGCCUUGAAGGCAUAUUAUGUACUGCAGAACUUUAAUAUAAUUGCUUGCAGGAUAGUUACAUGUCAGUAUUAAAAUCUGAUCUCUAGCUACAGUCCUGUAGAUGCGAACAAAUGUUCACUGAGUGUGUAUUUUGUUUUAUUGCAUUGUACACUGCAACUAAUAAGCCAAGGAAUCAAUAGACAUAAGGUAGGUGUACCACUUCUAUAAGCCACAAACUAAGAAUAAACUGAUAAACUAUUGAUCUAGCUUAGUUUUUGCUAAUUUUACUACACUCUUUGUUAUGUAUAUGUAGGGAGGUCAUAGGGAUUAUAAAUUCAAUUUUGGUAAAGUUUAAAAACUAUAUAUUUUAUGAUAAAGGGCCUUUAAAUUAAGAUGGCCAAAGCACUGAUAUUUGUUGUAAAGAGAAUUAUAAGAGUUUUAUUUUUCUGAUAUUAAAAAUUACUUAAUAAAGACUUGUUUCCAUUAACUUGAA